AUUUAUCACAUGCCUGUAAAUCUCGAACAGAUUCGAUUGGCAGGAGAACGUCAAAGGGGCACUGCCUUCCCUGAAACAGAACAAAGCUGCUGCACAAUUAUUUAGUUUAUUUAAAUAUGCUGUCUGCUUCUGAAGGGAACAAAAGAUUCAGCUGCAGAACAUUCAUCGAUACAAUGUGAAGCAACAGCACAGUGGAGUAUUGAAUAAUAACAGGAGUAAAGAAUGAAGUGGCCUCUUUUCAAUAAAACAAAAGACACUUUGAUCAAAUCUAGGCGUUGACACAUAUAACCCUCUACUAUUUGGCUGGGUUCUGCGGUAUUUCCACAGAAUGGAAGAAGGCUGGAAUCUGAAACGGAAUUCAGGUGAAACAAAUAAAGCAGUAUUACUACUAAAUGGUUCCUGUGAACCUAAAAGUACUGGAUGUGCGCAGGAACUUUUCCAUGAAGCUGCACAGGUAUCCCAGUCCCAUGUUAAGCCCUGGUGGAAAGUUAAGAUAUUUGUCUGGGAACCAGUGCUAUUUGGAACAUGGGAUGGAGUAUUUACGACUUGUAUGAUUAAUAUCUUUGGAGUGGUUCUCUUCCUGCGGACUGGAUGGCUUGUGGGAAAUACUGGCGUCCUACUGGGAAUGUUUAUGGUGACCCUGGUUGUCUUGGUUGCUCUGGUGACAGUGCUAUCUGGGAUUGGCGUAUGGGAGAGGUGCAGUCUCGGAAAUGGUGGAGUGUAUGCCAUGCUUUCUACAGUUCUGGGAGGUCGAGUUGGAGGAACCUUUGGAUUUCUCUAUGUAUUUGGACAGUGUGUUGCAGGUGCUAUGUAUAUCACUGGCUUUGCAGAAUCCAUUGCUGACUUGUUGGAUCUCAGUGACAUCUGGGCUGUUCGGGGAAUUUCUAUUGCUGUGCUGCUGGGAUUACUGGGAAUAAAUCUAGCAGGAGUCAAAUGGAUCAUUCGAUUUCAACUGUUACUUUUAGCUUUGCUGGCUAUCUCUACGAUGGAUUUUGUUAUUGGUACUUUCACACACUUGGACCCAGAUUUUGGAUUUGUGGGGUAUAGUGAAGAACUACUCAAGAACAACACAUUCCCAGACUAUAGUCCGGAAGAAAAUUUUUUCACUGUUUUUGGUGUCUUCUUUCCUACAGCUACUGGUGUGAUGGCAGGAUUUAACAUGAGUGGAGACCUUCAGAAACCUGCAUCCAAUAUCCCUCUUGGGUCACUAGCAGCUCUGGGCGUCUCGUGGUUCCUGUAUUUAGUGUUUGUUUUCUUGCUGGGAGCUGUGUGUACAAGGGAGGCACUCAGAUAUGAUUUCAUGAUAGCUGAAAAGGUUGCCUUGGUGGGAUUCCUCUGGUUAUUAGGGCUGUAUAUUUCAUCAUUAGCUUCCUGUAUGGGAGGUCUUUAUGGUGCACCUAGAAUCCUUCAAUGCAUUGCUCAAGAAAAGGUGAUACCCGUCCUUGGGUGCUUGGGCAGUGGGAAAGGACCAAACAAAACACCAGUGGCUGCAAUAUUUCUUGUGGGACUUGUGACUAUGGCAUUUAUCUUUAUUGGACAAGUGAAUAUUCUUGCCCCAAUAGUCACCAUCAACUUUAUGCUGACUUACAGUGUGGUAGAUUACUCUUACUUCUCUGUAUGUAUGAGCUAUGAUAUUCAGCAAAAUGAAAAAGAAAGGAAUAAAGUAAAUGCUAGCACUUAUAAACCAUCACCAAAGCUGAACUCAGAAGGCCCACUUAAAAAUGGAUCUACUGGCCCAAUAAAAGGAAGUACAAAUGGAUCUUUGCUUGAGUUCAAUAAAGAUAUGAAUCAGAUCUUUCAAACAGUGCCUCAUAACAGGAAUGCAGAGGUGGGAAAAAACAAUAAAGGAAGAAUUGUGAAUCAAUCUAUCCGAUUAAAAAAAGCAAGAGUACCUGCUAAACAGACAUUGCAAAACAGUUUUAUGUUGAAUCUUGACAACACAAAUGCAACAUAUAAAGAGGGCAUCAACCAGGUCGCAGGGACAGAGCUUGCAGAUAACCUGCCUGAACAGAAUGCAGGAGACCUGUCCAGACAGGAUGUAGGACAUCACCAGCAUUUGGAAAAUGCUUUUGUACCUCAAGUUGUGGAAGCCCAUCUCAAUGUUGAAAGCAACAUAAUUGAGCCUUCAGAAUACUGUUAUACAGACACAGAUGAUUCAACAGAAACAAAAGGAUAUGGUUCCAUUGAAAGGCAGAAGUCUCAGGAACCAGAGAUUUACAGGAUGCCAAGAUCAUUUUAUUCUAAACUUUGCAAUCGUUGGUUGUCCUUACUUGGUGCAAUAGUGUCGAUUGUAAUCAUGUUUGUAAUUCACUGGAUUUAUGCUUUAAUUAACAUUGCUGUGGCAUUUUUCAUCUACAUUUACAUUGGACAAAUGAGUCCAGGACUUCCUCCUGGUCAAAAAUCUAUCUAACUCAAUCUUAAACAUACUCAAUGAUAUCCACUGCUUUCUGAAGAAAAGAAUUUCAAAGACCAACCCCAGUUACGACAAAUGCUAGAUUUUAUUCUGGCUGUAAUUGGAUCUUUUACAUAACUAGAAAUAUACCAUGAAAAUAAACAUUUCAUGAUCAGAAAUAAUGAAGACGAUAGUCUUGCACAUAUCGAUAUACUUGGAGUCAUUUUCCAACUUGACACUCUUGGUGGAAAACUUCACCUGCUGGGAACAUAUAUCAGAACUUCAGAAAUGUUCUAAUUUUAAUGCUUGAAAAAUCAAUUGCAGACUUAAUAUGCAUUCUUUGGCGUACAAUGUUUCUCACUGGGAUCUCAAAGUCUCAAGUAACUUUCUCUGUGGUUAGUGUCAUAAAAUUUAUAAUGUUGGAUUAAUGCAGUUAAUAUAAAAUGGUUCAGUGACUAAUCUUUUAUCACCUUUUUAUUUCAUCCCUUUCAUUUUUCUCCGAAUCAAUUCAACAUGACUUCCAAUGAGGUUCAUUUGUUCUGUUGAGUAUAGUAGGGAAGAUAUUGUUUCAUCAAACUCUGCAUGCAAAGAACAAAGAACAAUUGUCAUUGUUUCUGGCACAAGAACUAGUUUAACUUGUAGAGAAUAAAGGAUUAAAAGUUGCCACAAAUGUGUAAUUACUGUUAGAAAAUUAACCUGUUAGCUGUAACAGUUAGUUUAUUGUGAAAAUUCCAGUUCACCAUGUUCUAUGAAAGAAUUACAUUAAACUGUAAUCACUUCAAAUGCUUUUUAAAAUGCAUUAAAAUCUGAAUUGCAUGACUAAUCGCAUGCUGCACCUUCUGUCGCUCUGGCCCAGUACCAACUAAUGUUUACAAGUGUUGAGGAGAGCAGAUUUCUCAUUACUCUGAAGUAAUUUUGUUUUUUUUUAAUGAGACCCUCAUGCUGCAAAGGGGGCUUUUCCAUUUUGGGAUAAAGAUGGUACCAUCAGGCAUUAGCUUACCUUUUGUGUAUUUUCCAUAUCCAGUUACAUGAAGAGAGAAACAAAAUACUGCAUAUCCUGGGAAUUCGAAAUAAACACAGAAAAUGCUGGAAAUACUCAGAUGUCAGAAGCUCUGGAGAAUGAAACAAUGUUAAUUUCAGAUCUGUGACACAAAUUUCAUUUAGACUAUUCCAAAAGGUUGCUUUAUCAGAUAAUAAGGGUGUAUUUUAAUUUGUGAAGAAAAGGUCCCAUGCUAAACUUUAUAAGUUACAACAAGGCUCUGAUCGCAGCACAAGAUUCAUUCAUGAAAAAGGUGUUUGACGUUGUAGCCAAUGAGGCAUACUUAGCAGGUGUGUUGUAAUUAGCUGCAUUAGAUUGUAUUUUAGCUGCAUAAACUUGCAUUUUUUUUAGUUCAGUAAUUUGCAACCAUGUAUUAUUCUACAUCUGUCAUUGUUGCUCAAACACAAAGUGGUGUAAAUAUUGCAAACCUGCUCUUUCAGGCACUGUUAUGAACCUCUAGAUGCAGGGCCUUCAGAUAUCCCUACAAUAGCUUGUAUCAUUUGUGACAGCACUGCAUCAGCUGUUACCACCUGUUUAGAGAAAUACAACUGUACCCUUACUGUACCCUUACUGCACUUUGCUUGUAAGUGUCUUUGUGAAUGGUUCACGGGAGCCAUUAAGCACACAUCAUUUGAAACAUGAUGUUAGAGAGGUGUGGUUGAAACUAUGUGAAUUGUCAGACUUGUAGGACAGCUAGCUAGUGUAGAAAACACAGCAGGCAACAGCCAACUGGAAAUUUAUGGAUCUUCAGAGCUGUAAGAGAGUCAGCUACAAAAAGAAACAACAAAAUAAAAGUUAAAAAUACAUUCUGCAACUUGAAUUACGGGGUGCAUUAUAAAGAUUGAGGUGCAUUUUUCAUCUCCUGUUGUGGAAUGAAAAGCUAGAGAGCCAUAGAGGUUCACAGCAUGGAAGCAGGCUCUUCAGCCCAACUUGCCCAAGCCAUCAGUUUUCACCAUUAAAUUAGUCUCAUAUAAGAGUCACAGAUGUCUACAAGAUAGAAUUGGAUUUUUCCCUCCAAACAUUCAGAGUUAAAACUAUGGAAUUUCAGCAAAAGUAAUUUUUGAAAAAAAUGCCUGAGCUUAUAAAAAUUGCAUCCCUGCUAUGUGCUGGGGGAACUGUGUUAAAAGCACUUGUGCAACUCAGACCUCACUAACAAACAGAAAAGUCAGACAGGAGAGAUUUUGCAGGUUUUGAAGACUUAUUUUGAGUCCUUUAUUCAUGUUACUUUGGAACAGCUUUUCUUCAACAUGAAGAAGAGAGGGAGAAUGUUGAUCUGUAUGUAAUUACACUGAAACAUCUAGCUGAAUCAUGUGAGUUUGAACAACUGAAAGAAGAUCUGAUCAGAGAUAGGAUUUUGUGAGUUGCAAGAGAUUGAGCUGUAGAGAUAUGUCACCUGAGAGACAAGAAACUUACUCUCAAAAAAUAUCAACAUGUGCAGAAACUCGAGCAUUGUCAGUCAUGAGGUAGAGUACAGAAGAACGGAUGAGACUUUGCAUUUUGCUGAGCUAUAUUCCAGGCCAAAUGAAAACAACUGAUUGGAAUAAAGAAAAGAUAUUUGUGGAAAGUCAAAGCUAAAUGGCAAAUACUGCAGAGGUCAUCUCACGAAGUGAAGGAAAGCCUGAUCAGUGUGGGAAAAACAAUGAUGCAAGAAACUGAAUCACUUUGAUCCAACAGUUCAGCCAGAAAGAAGCUAAACAAGCCCAGAAAGAUGGCUGCUGAAGAGCUACCAGCCAAGGAUUUUGAUGAAUCAGUUUUGCACAUACACCAUGUUAGCAUCAUCAGGUCUAAAGGUGGCGAAAGAUUUGUGAUUGUUAGACUGAUGACUGCAGAAGCAAACCACAAGUAUCGAGUAGACACUGGUUCUUUCUGGAACACCAUGAGCUUUACAGACCUGUGUGGUGGCUCAAAGUGACGACUUGAAAUGAAGCUCUUGAAGUUAGGAGUGAGGCUAUAUAAUGGAAUGAUGCUAAUGUCAAGAGAGUCCAAACAAAUAAGAGCUGGAAAAGUAACUGAUAAUUUACAUAGCCUGCAUUAACAAUUUGAUAGCAGCAGAAAAGAAAGUCCCUGGAAAACGGAAAGUAUGCAUGGUUCCAAAGGAACCCAAUAAAGCUUUGAAGAACUCUCACUAUCCCAUGCCAAUCAUUGGAGCAAUUUUGCCACAUCUACCAAAUGCAAAGGUUGUAAAGAAUGGUUAGUCGUAAAGCUGGAUGAAAGUGGCAAUUUUCAAAUUACAUCCUUUGGAUACUAUUUGAGAAAUACAGAUAGUUGCACAUGCCGUUUGGCAUUUCCAUUGCUCUGGAGAAGCACUGAUAUAGGAAACAUGCAGGAAUGAAUAAGCUUCCUGGAAUAGAAGCUGUUGUGGAUGGUCUAUUUGUGUGAAUACGGAAUGGAAGAAGCCAUCACAUUAUCAUGAUCAGAAUCUAGUGUGAUUACCCGAGUGUGAGAGAAAUAGAGAGAGAGAGAAAGAGAGAGAGAGCUUCCCAGUUGAACAUUGACUCUGAAGAAGAUAGAGGUAACUGAAAGUGCCCAGAGUUAAGAAUAUAGGUUAUGUACUAACAGCAAAAGGAUGUCUCUCAGAUCCUGACAAAAUUCAAGCAGGCACAGAGAUGCAGCAACCAUCAGACAUGAAAGAAACAAUCUGAUGGAUUUUUAAAAGAAAAAUCUUGCCUUAUCUAUCAUCAGGGUGUGAACCUCAAUGCACACUCAUUGCUAAGGACACAGAACAAGAAACAGAAUUCUUUGGAAUCAAACAAUAAUUAUGAUGAUGCCAGUGCUGAGUCCUACAAUGUCAAUGAAGAAGUCAUCCUCCAAUGUGAUGCCAGUGAGACAUGACUUAAAACAACUCUUGGCAAAAGUGAGGACUUCAAAUGCUGGAGAUCAGAGUCGAGAGUGUGGUGCUGGAACAGCACAGCAGUUCAGGCAGUAUCCAAGUCGUGGGAUAAUCAACGUUUCAGACAAAAGCCCUUCAUCAGGAGUGAGACCAAGUUAAAACAACCCUGAUACAGCAAGAUCGACCAGUUUCAUUUGCAUCCAAGGUGUUAAUGCAGACUAAACACACUACAUUGAAAGUGUACCUGGCUAUUGUUUUUGCUCGUAAACACUUUAAUUGCUAAAUGGGUAAGACAAAGUGACAGUGGAGUCUAACCACAAGCACUUCAAAGCUUCUUCCUCAAUCUGCUUCUCUCCGUUCCAAAGUCUACAAAAGAUGUUACUCCAUUCGCAAAGGUAUCAUCUAGACAUGACACGCAAUCAAGGGAAACAGAUCUAUAUUCCCGAUGUAGAAUCACAAGCUGAGGAUGCAAAGACUGUGUGAGACCUUCCAGUGACAGCUUGACAAAUGUGAAGUACUAGUGUCUUGCUCAAAUCAGGAAAACUAUAUAGCAAGAUAUAAUUCUGCAAAUACUGUCGGAAAUAGAGGUGGGAGGUUUAGCCUGAAAACAACAAUGACACUAUUGCUAUAAGAGAGUAUUUGUAGUUAGUCAUACAUGGAUGAAGUGAUAGUCCAUGACAUAUUGUACAAAAGAAAUAAAGUUGUUAACUCCAAAGAAAUGAGAAAAAAAAUGCUGAACUGCAUCCUUGCAAGCCAUCAUGAAUAUGAGUCUACUCUGACAAAGGCACAAGUGCAUAAUGAGCCAAGUAUGAGAACUGAGAUUAAGAACGUAAGAACUAGGAGCCCGCUCCACCACGCUAUAAGAUCAUGGCUAACCUUUUUGUGGACUCAUCUCCA